CAGUCAGCCUUUACGGAAUACGCUAACAUGUCAAGCUUUAAGAGGCAAAUAUCACUGUGCCACUUUCUGCUGAUUACGCUUUUGGGUUCCGAAUCUGCAGCCGAAGCCUUUGCAACCAAGGCGCAGCUUGUUCCGUCGACGAGGGCACGGAACGCGCGACACCACGCCACGGUUCCAGUGCUACUACGGUCGAUCCGAGAGGACUCGGCAGAAAUAACCAAGCAGCCAGGAUCCUCUGAUAGCGGUAGGAUUGGUUUUGAAGAUUCCGCCGUCUCCAGGUACCUACAGUCCAAGUUGGCCGUCACGGACGAAACAGUCGGUCUUUUGGUAUUGCUCACCGUUCCCGUCGUUUGGGGCACGUACGUUCCCGUGGUAAGGUUUCUGUACGAAAUCGAUCCACCUAUUCCAGGAUUUGUCUUUUCAGUUUGCUACUUUGCCUUGGCCUCGCUCACCACGCUUUCUAUGCUAGCGUUUGGUAACACCAAUGAAUUGUUUCGUUCGCAGCCAACAAAUUCCGAACCCAUUGGAUCUUUGGGAAGAGAAGAGGAUUACCCAGAAACGAGUGCCGUAUUCGACAUGCCUAUCCUUGGUGGUCUAGAGCUUGGUGGUUACUUGUUUCUCGGCAACUGCUUGCAAGUAGUAGGCCUCAAGACCGUUUCGGCUGAUACUGCAGGAUUUUUAGUCCAGUUGACCACCAUUUUGGUGCCGCUAUUUUCGGCCAUUACCGCCGGCAAUUUGUUUUCGGUCAGUGCGCGUACGUGGAUCGCGUGUUUGAUUGCACUGGGAGGAAUCACAAUCAUGGGAAUAGAUUUGCCGGAACGGGUCGAUUCGCUGACGUCGUUACUGGCGUCGUUUUCAACCCCAACGGUAGUCCCGAGUCUCGCGCAGGGAGAGUAUCUCAUUUUGGCGGCCGCAGUAUCGUAUACCAUGCAUGUUGUCCGAUUGGGGCAGUACGCCAGGUAUACGACACCGCUCAAACUGGCCGCUGCCAAAGCUACCGUGGAAACGGUUCUAAGUGGAUUGCUCGUCCUCGUGUUGGUGUUGGUUGCAGGGGACGGCUCGUCGACUGCUACCGGCGUAUUGGGCUACGCUCAAGGCGCCGGACGCGAAAUCACCGCAUUUUUUGCGGAUGUGCAAGAACGGAUGGCAGAGGGGACUCUGGCAACCUCCUCGAUUCAAAAAGCGGUAGGUGCUACCAUGUGGGCUGGUUGGGUUUCUACAGCCUACGUUGUCUACGCGCAGUCGUUCGGACAGCAGCGCGUCGGAGCAUCCAAUGCCAAUCUGAUUUAUUCCCUACAACCCAUCUUUACUGCGCUGUUUGCGAGGAGGAUUGAUCCUCUUGGCGGUCUUGCUGGUUGCCUCGGGCCCUUUGACGAAUGA